AUGAAUCAGACGUUUGCUGAAGAAUACGCGGAGUUAAUAACCUUUGUCUACUAUUGUAGUAAUAUUUCCCUUACAGCCGUCGUCUUUCUAUUUGGAACCUGUUUCUUGUGGUACAGAGAUCGGAAAUACCAAAAAAGGAAGGACGACGAGGAAGGAAGAAACCAUCAGAGGCGCGAAUGGCGCAAGUUCGCGGAAAGAAUGAACGAUGAUUACAGGAAUCUGAGAAGUAACCAGACCCUUGAGAACAUAUUAAAGGUAAAGAAAACUUUUGAAGACUUGAAAGUUCAUUCUAAAGUAACUGGCCUUGAUGUUUUGAGAUACUGGCUCGCUGAUGAUCGCCACCGAAAUGUUUGGAGUGAGUCACCCCAGCUGAGGGCCCUUCGUGAAGACCUCCACAGGAUCUUCUUGCAGCUAAAUUUCUGCUCUUCGUUGAUCCAUUUAGGAGAAGUGCCCAAAAAUAUAACGGAAGAAUUACGAUAUGUAGUAGAGGAAUUGGGGAAUGUAGCAAAGCCUUUCUUAACAGGUGAUAAACUAAAGGUCGCUUCGACAUGCCUCAAACAUUUUGGCAUGCCGGUCAAGAAAGAAGAAGAAGAAGAAGGAGGAGGAGUAGGAGGAGAAGAAGAAGAAAAAAAGCUUUAUGAGUUGGUUGAAGGAAACAUUCCGUAUUUAGACAGCCUAAAGUUUGGUGAUAAUGAUGAUAGGGAUAGUUCAACAUCAUCACCACCCCCUCCUGUAGAUUAUAGCCAGUCCAAAUUUUUUUUUAAUGUGAGCAUGCCAGACGACAAACAUAAUUUCCUCUGGGAGCUCCAUGAUAAUCUAGAAACGGGAGAGUAUAGGACCCUUUUAGUCAGAGGGUUUAAAGAACGACAAGCAGAGCCACCUCCAAACUUGACCGACCCUAUCGGUGACGAGGAUAGCGAUGAGGUAGUUCUCGCAAAGGUGCUGCAUGAGGUACGUUACUAUAUCCAUCAUCUUCAGAACAACCGAGAGCUAUGGGAGACAGCAGUUAAUGUGGGUAGACUACGUCAGGUUCAUGAGGAAAUAACG